GCCACUCGGUUAGUUAUUGUUAAACGUUCGUACGCAUGUGACUGUUUGCAAAUGACGCAAUGGACGAUCGACUUUCCAGCACCGACCAUAGCUGGUUCAAGUAUUUUCCAAAUGCAAUAAAAGCUGCGUUGACGUGUCAGAGUCAGAAUAUUAUGAAGACAGCUCAAGAUAUUGCAUAUGUCAUCUGUUACUUUAAACCUGACAUCGCAUCAUACCAGCAAAUGCUUGUACUAUGUUGGGUGAAGACCAAGAAUAUGUUUUUCUAUGAAACUGCAUCGAUUAUUUCAUUUGUAUUAUGGCUUUUGAAUAACAGUUGGUGGUUGGCGAGAUUUGCAAUAGAAAAAUGUAAUAUUGCGUUAAAUACGAUCGAUCAAAAACCGAAUUGGAUUGAAUCAGAAGUCGAUGGUCCCAAAAGAUGUGAAGUUAAAUGUGAAGUACUAUACGACCCGGGACUUGAAUCAACUUUCAUGGACGUGGUUUUUAUACACGGACUUAGGGGUGACAAACUUAAGACAUGGAAACAAGGUGUGUGGAAACAAGUGGAUCAGAAACCUGAGCCCGUGGUUGUCAGGAAUUCCGGAUUAUCCACAAUGAAUCAAUUUGAAAGAUUGGCUAUCGGCAAUGAGAUCAAAGAGUUUACUAAUUGUUGGCCCAGAGAUUGGUUGCCACUGGAUUGUCCAUAUGUCCGAGUUAUAACCAUCAGCUACAGUACCGACCCUUAUUUGUGGAGACCCAUAUGGUUAAGCAAACCAGUUAGAACAACCAUGAAAGAUAGAGGCUUGGAGAUGAUAUCACUUCUAAGAAAUGUGCAUGUCGGACAGCAUCCCAUCACGUGGGUUGGUCAUUCUAAAGGGGGAUUGUUCAUAAAACAAAUAUUAGUUCAUGCUAAUGAAAACCAGCAAACUCACAAAAUCAUAUCAAAUACCAGGGGAAUAUUAUUUUAUAGUGUUCCCCAUAACGGAUCUCCUUUAGCCAAUAUAAAACUACCAUUGUUUCAACGAUCAAUUGAAUUACAGGAGUUAGUAAAUGAUACACAAGAUAUACAAAAACUUCAGAAAACAUUUCAUGAAAUGAUGAACGUUAAUAGACAAAUUCAAGUGAAGAGUUUUAUUGAAACCAAAUUGACACUUAUGAAACUAAUUUAUUUAAGGAUUGUUUCUAUACAGUCUGCAGAUCCAGGAUUUGGAGAUUUAUAUGGUGUUCCGUUGGAUCAUCGAAAUAUUUGCAAACCAAAAAACCGGAAUUGUUUUCUAUAUCAAGAGCUGGUUAAUAUGAUACAAUCAUUAAAGCAAUCAACAGUCGAAGAAACGGUGUAAAGAUAAAAAAAAAAAUAUUAAACAUAUAAAAAGACAAGAUGGCAACCACUCAGAUAAUGUAGUACUAUAAUCGACACCAAUCACCCGAAGACCUUCUUCAUCAGUGGGUAACCAAUCAGACGGCCAACAUUGACUAUAACCUUCAUUGAGAGCAGUUUGUCGUACAGUGGAAUUAUUCCUUUUCAGAAACAGUUAUAUAUAUAAUAAAAUUUAAUAUCAAUGUAAAAAUAAAAUAUUACCCUUUUAAUGAGUAAGGCCCGUUUCCUUUAACAUUUUCUUUAUGUGGUAUGUCGUUCAAAACAAACUCAAAAUCACUUCCAAUCAAGUCCCACUCUCUGGCUUUGACUUCUUUGUAACUAUCCAAAUAGUUUUGCAUAUCUUCACCAACUGGUCCUUUUAGUGUAGCAGUAUUUGAUAAGUUAUGAGAUUCAUUCUUGUUAUUCAUAUC